AUGGGUAGCAGCCAAAGUACGGAGCAUCCGGUGCAAGCUGCCAUUGACUUCGGUACGACUUUCACAGGUUACGCCUUUAUGUUCAACGGAGAAAAUGAGGUAUACACCAUGGAGCCGAAGGAUCGAGAAAUGACAUGUGUGCUUCUUAACCACGACGGAACGUUUAGGGCGUUUGGCAAUGAAGCCUUCUAUGCAUACAAUGACAUGGAUUUGGAGUCUCAAUUCAACCACUUCUUCUUUCAACAAUUCAAAAUGACUUUGUACGGUGACCGUUUGCUACGGCGAAAUAUCCCUCAGCUGACGGACGUUUCGGGGAAGAAGAUGGAUGCGAUGCAAAUAUUUGGACUGGUUUUGAAUGAAUUCAAAAAAAGAAUAGUCAAACACGUGAACGGUAGCAAAGUUCAGAAGGGAGCAACUUUCGAUGAAAGCAACAUCGGAUGGACAGUGACAGUGCCUACGAUUUGGAGUGCAUCUGCACGGCAGUUUAUGCUGGAAUCAGCUGCAAAUGCAGGCAUGAACCUCCAAAACAUACGACUGGUGUUGGAACCUGAGGCUGCAUCCGUGUAUGUCACAUCAUUGGACAUCAAAUAUGAAAGAAAAGGGUUCAAAGUCGAGCCAUUUUCACCAGGUCAAAAAUACAUCCUUGCGGAUCUAGGUGGAGGGACGGUGGACAUGUGCGUUCACGAGGUGUUAAGGGGGAAUUAUUUGAGUGAACUGUACUCAGCUACAGGAAGAAAUGCAGGCGGCUCCAUGGUUAACAAGGCUUUUGCGGAAUUGCUGGAGAGACUUUUCGGAACAUAUGUCAUUGAGAAAUAUAAAGAAAUUUUUCCUACGUUGUAUGGCGAUCUUAUGAUGAAUUUUGAGGUUAGAAAAUGUGAGUUCAAAACUGACAGUUUGGGAGCAACAUUUAACUUGAGCUCCGAGCUAAUUUCAGUCUACAAGGAUGAAUACAAAUACACAGACUCAGAAUUAACAACCAAAUUAAAGGAACAGUCUGGUAGUGAUAUUACUUUCAUACGACAGGGAGGUUAUCGCUUAAAACUGACUAACAGUGCGAUGAAAAGUUUGUUUGAGCAUUCUGUUAAAGGAAUUCUCGAACUACUAAGUGAAAUUCAAAAGGAAUGUGCACAGGACAACAUAAGGAUACUUCUUCUUGCUGGUGCGUACUCCGAAUCCGACUACGUAAGAGAGCAGAUUAAAGCUGCAUUUCCACGUUUUGAGAUUGUAACCAUUCCCGAUUCGAGAUUAGCUGUCGUGAAAGGGGCGGUUUUGCUAGGUUUCAAGCCUAGAAAUACCAUCAAAAGAAGGUCGAGAUUUACGCUCGGCUUCUACUCUGUAGUUCCUUUUAACGAAGAGCUUCAUCCCCAAGAGCUUAAAGAGUAUCAUGAAAACCUCCCACAAUGCCGUGCAGUGUUUCAUAAACUAAUAACAAAAGGGCAAGCUAUAGAAUAUGGACAGGUAUUUCAACGAAAAUCUAUAACCCAAUAUCAGCAACAGGAUACGAAGAAUAAAACACGCAUCACUUCACUGUGGAGGUCUACACAUGCAGAUCCAAAGUUUUGCACGUCUGAUCAUGGAUGUGAGGAGGUCGGGAGCAUUGAAAUGAAUCCCCCGCAAGGAGGCUGGCCAGACAAUCUCGUCCACGAACAGCAACUUGUCGUAGGGGAAACGGAACUCGUACUGAAAUUUUGUAAUAAAACCAAUGAGAUCGAUGUUGAGAAGCGUCUUGAAUAUAGCUUCUGA